AUGGACAGUACUGUCCGGGAGCUCAUGGAGCGCUUCCUUCAGAGCCCGCUGGUGGCGUGGGUGAAAACUUUGAGCCCAGUCGCAAGUGGCAAGGAUGAGGACAUGUACGUGCACUUGGUGGAUGGCAUCAUGCUGAACCAGGUCAUGAUGGAAAUAGACUCCAGGCCUAAUCAGCGCUUCCACCAGCACGUGAACAACGAUGUGAACCUUCGCAUUGAGAACUUGAGCAUCCUGGUCAGACACAUCAAGACCUUCUACCAGUAAGUUCUCAAGCAACUAAUUGUAACGAGCUUGUCAGAUGUUUUGAUGACAAAGAGUAUGAAGCAGAUGAAGAAAAUGCUGGUGCUGGUGCUGGGCUGUGCUGUCCAGUGCGACAGGAAAGGGGAGUUUAUUGACAAAAUUCAACAGCUGGACAUGGAGACCCAGAACAAGAUUCUGGCCCAUAUUCCGGAGGUGACCCGCCACCAGGAGAGCCUGUUUGACCUGCAGAGGCUGGAGGUCCCAGGCCUGACCCUGGAGGAGCUGCGGUCCCUCUCCAGGAACAUGGCGUCUCGGCUCAGGAGGCUCGUGGAUGAGCGGGACAGCUGCAGGGAGGUGUGUUUGCGGGCGGCCCUGCAGCUGGGGGACAGACCCCUGGCUCCUUGUGACCCUGACCCUGGAGCGAGACACGGCCACCGCCCCGGCGAGGACACACAGCACCUGGCCAAGGAGCUGGCGGACACCAAGGCCAGGCUGCACGGCACCAGGCAGGAGCUGGAGGAGAAGACGGAGAAGCUGGCAGACGCUCGGCAUACGGUGUACCAGCUGCAGCUGGAGCUGCGGGAGGCCCAGUGCCAUAGGUGGAGCUGGCGGCCAGCGCCCAGUCCUGCCGCCCCCUCUGAGCUGGACUCCCUGAGGGAGAAGGCGAGCGGCAUGGAGAGGCUGGAGAUGGAGAUGGAGGCUCCGGUUCCAGGGCAAACAGAAGCAGCCGAGAAAGAUGGGGGUGUCCGGCAGGGGAGGAUUGAAGACUUGCAAGUCCAGAUGGAAAGAGGAAAGCAGACCAGACAGGAUCUGGAGACCCCCAGUGAGGAGCUGGUGAAGGAGAGAGAACAGCUGCUCCGUGACAUAGAGACCCUGAAGGCUGAGGAAGCCCAGGAGAUGAAGGACCUUGAACAAGUGGUGCAUUCGCUGCGGGAGAGUUCACAAGCCAGCAGCAAGGCCCGAGUGAAGGAACAAAAAUGGGGAAAAGUCCUCCACCGGGCGGUCCUGGAGACCAAAAGCAAACUGAGCAUGAAGCAGUGGGAGCAGCGGCAGCUGUGCGGGGAGCUGCAGCGGGGGAAGGAGCAGGUGGCGCGGGCACAGGAGCUGCAGCAGGAGCUGCACCGGUUUCAGGAGGGGAACGAGAAGCUGGACACAGAGGUCAGAGCCGUGACAAAAGCCCCCAACAGGGUCCGUGCCCUGGAGCAGGAGAGGCAGGACCUGUUGCUGGAGAACCAGAGGCUGCACACGUCUCUGGACCCCCUGCAGCCCGAGGGCCUGGCGCGGGACCAGCAGCUGGACACCAGGGUAAUUCUGGCGGAACAUUCCACGCUGAGCUCCCAGAGGGCCUCGCUCACUGCGCUCAGGGAGCAGAACACGCAGCUCCAGCAGCAGCAGGCGGCCUCAGAGAGGGAGCUAGAGACCCUGCAGGAGCAGCACGAGCAGCUGGCGGCAGCCCACGAGGCUCUGCAGUGGACCAUGCCCGCCUGGGGGCGCUGCACGAGGCCCUCAGGGACCAUGAAGAGAAGGAGAUCCACCAUCACCCUCAGCGAUGUGGAGUUGGUGCAGCUGGAGACUGAGGGGGAGGAGGGUCCUCCAGAAGAGAAGGCGGGUGUGUUUCCCUUCAACAGCUACAAGGACCAGCUCCAACAUGAGGCGGCGCUGGAGCAGCUGUGGAGGCUCUUGGACACCGAGCGGGAGGCUCUGCAGCAGGAGCAGAGGACGAGCGCCAUGGCCGCCGAGGAGAACCAGAGGCUGCAGCUAGAGCUGGACAGGGCCAGUUUCCUGCACCAGCAGCUGAAGGGGGAGCAGAAGGAGCUGCAUGCCCACACCAAGGAGAUGCAAACCUCCCUGAACAACACACAGCUGGAGGCCAUUCACUGGCAGGCCCUGCAUGAGGAACUGAAAACGGAGCAUGAGGACAUGAACAUCUCCCUGACAGAGAUGAGCAACCACUGCCAGCGUCUCUCCAGUCUCAGGAGGAACGUGGAGGAAGAAAAUUCUCAACUGCAGAGCCAAGUCCUCAGGUUGAAUGAGCAGAACCAGAGGCUUCUCCAGGAGGACAUGGAGAACAAGGACCAGCACCAUGAGGAGCAGAGGCAGUAUGUGGGAGGGGUAGACAAAUUACAUUCCUCACAGAAAAUGAAUGAAAACCUGGAGGAACAAAGCAUGGCUGAGCACAAGUUCCAUGAUCCAGCGCCAAAGAAGAAGAAGCGCUGGAUUGGAGCCAAAGCCAUUCUGAAAUUCAUCAGAAGAAAGAAAGGGAGUUCCAGAGAACAAGCAGAGCCGUCUGAGCUCAACACUUCUCAGCCUCUUCAAUCCCAGCCGGAGCCCCUGGAGGCCACCUCACGCUGCUCAAAGAGGACAGAAGAGCAAGACGCCUGCAGGGGGCACGAGGGAAAAGGUAGGAGCGGACCUGGCUGCAGGCAGGAAGUGAAGGGGAGCAUCUCAGGUUGCCAUCAGGGACAGGGGAGAACCAAGGAGACUGCAUGCUGGGUGUUCAGACGUGUGUGUGUGUGUGUGUGUGUGUGUGUGUGUGUGUGUGUGUAG